CGAAUAGUUGACAAUCUUAGCAAGUAAUUUGAGAUGAUGAGCAAACCACCAAUUUGUUCUUUUUGCACGCUUAGUAUAAGUUAAUAAUGAAGCUGUUGAAGAAGUAGAAAGUGUAAUAAUCACGAAAUCCAGAGAAAAAUGGAGAGGUUGAAAAUCGCAUCAUCAUCUCUCUCAAUUUUACGCCGAUUUUUAAUAAGAAAUGAUUCAUUUCAAUCUCAAUGUCGAAGAACUUUUUCUUCGAAUCUCAAUCACGAGGUGCUGAUUGAAGCAAAAUCUCACUGUCGAACUGCAAUUCUUCAUCGUCCUUCUUCUCUCAAUUCUUUAAGUACUUCCAUGGGUGCUAUGCUACAAAAGUAUUACAAAUGUUGGGAAGAUGAUCCUAAUGUUGGUUUUGUGAUGAUGAAGGGCAGUGGCAAGGCAUUUUGUGCUGGUGGAGAUAUUGUUACUUUAUAUCACCAAAUCAGCGAAGGGAAAAUAGAAGAUUGUAAAGAGCUUUUUAGGACUUUAUAUACGUUUAUUUACAUGCUUGGCACAUAUUUGAAGCCACACGUGGCCCUUCUAAAUGGCAUUACAAUGGGAGGUGGAGGAGGUGUUUCAAUUCCUGGGACAUUUCGCGUUGCAACUGACAAAACUGUUUUUGCCACCCCAGAAACUAUGAUUGGUUUUCAUCCUGAUGCUGGGGCCUCUUUUUAUCUUUCACAUUUACCUGGGCAUAUAGGAGAGUACUUGGCCUUGACAAGCGAAUCGAUCAGUGGUGCUGAAAUGCUUGCUUGUGGGCUUGCAACACAUUAUUCACUUAGCACUCUACCACAUAUAGAAGAACAUUUAGGCAGUCUUGUCACUGAUGAUUUUUCUGCUAUUGAGAAGUCCCUUCAACAGUUUUCUGACAUUGUUUCUCCUGAUAAUAUGAGCGUACUUCACAGGCAGAAGACACUCAACAAAUGUUUCGGACAUGACACAGUUGAGGAGAUAAUUGAUUCGCUGGAAGACGAGGCAACUAAAACAGAUCAUGCCUGGUGUGCCUCCACUUUGAAAAGGUUACGGGAAGUGUCUCCAUUGAGCCUAAAGGUUUCCUUGAGAUCAAUCCGGGAAGGUAGAUAUCAGACUUUUGACCAGUGUCUGGCUCGUGAGUACCGGAUGUCACUCCAGGGAAUCUCUGGAAAGGUUUCAAAGGACUUCCAGGAGGGUGUACGUGCACGAAUGGUGGAUAGGGACUUCUCACCAAAGUGGGACCCACCAAGCUUGGAUAGAGUCUCUGAGGAUAUGGUGGAUGAAUACUUUUCCCCUCUUAGUGUCUCCGAACCAGAACUAGAGUUACCAACCAAGCAACGGGAAGCUUUCUUGUAGCAAAUUCAACACAACUAUUUGGAUGGUUAUGUUACCGUAAGUUCUAUGACUAUGGUGUAUGGUACUGCAACUUGCAAAAUGAAAAUUUGUAGAUCAACAUAGAACCUUCAUGUUGGUGAAUUAUAAUAAAAAUGCAUCAAUGACAAUAAAUUACAGUAAUCUGUUAUGUUUUUUUUUGCUAUUGAGUCGUUUGUAUGGGCCAUCUCACGGAUAGCACUAUGUAUUGAGAUUAAAGUGUAAAUGUUUGAGAUGUAGAGUUCAAGUCUACAGAGAGAAAAAUGCUUUUAUGAUGAAAAUUUUAAGAAUUGUAAUUUUAUCCGUAUGUCACCAUGCCAGUUAAGAAUUCAAGUGGUAUCCUUAUGAUGAUGGAUGGACUACAUCUCAUCAUCAAUUGCCUCCUUCCAAA